GGUUGUCUGUCGGCGCUGGGUGUGUGUCUGGAGCGCUCGUGGCGGCAGAAGAAGCUGAUGGCGCCUGGCUGCGAGCCGGCCGCCGUGAGGGCCAUGAUGGAGGCUCUGCGGCCGCUGGUGCUGGGUCAGAGUCUGGCCGGGGCCGGAGGGGGGGGCUUCCUCUACCUGCUGACCCGGGAGCCUCACCAGCGGCUCGCCGUGCUGCACGUCCUCAACAACACACCGGGUCUGGGAGACUUCAGCGUUCACUCAGUGGAGCUGGACAUGGACGGGAUUACAGUCCUACGUCCUGCACACGGAUGUCAGAGGCUGCUGUGAUGAACCAUACAAAGACCAGAGAGAAUUCAGAAAGGGGAAUGUAAAGAGAUCUUGGAAAAACUUACAAAUGUUGGUCCUUUAACAAGAAACGUUUGUCAAAUGUUUGGGAUGAUUAAGAUCAUUUGAGAACAUGUAAUUAUGUGUAAUAUAUAGGACUGUCAGCGUUUUACA